GUGUUUCUAUAAACCCUAAUUUCCCUUCAAAUAAAAUCAAAACCCUCUAACACUUCACAAACCUGCAGCCUCUCUUUCAAUAUCGCCGCCGUGCUCGCUGCCGUCUCCGACCUCCGUCACCGUUAAGUAUCAUACAUACACAAUGCAAUCCAACAAAGGAGCUGCUUCCAUGGAGGUUGAAGAAACCGUUGCAACUGAAACCAAAACCGUAGCAAAACCCAACUUUAAACCGUUAACCGCACAUGAAGUGUCCGACGGCCAAGUUCAAUUCCGUAAAAUUCCGGUCCCAAGACACAGGUACACACCUUUGAAAAAAGCAUGGAUGGAUAUAUACACUCCAAUAUACGAUCAAAUGAAAAUCGACAUCCGUAUGAACGUGAAAACACGAAACGUUGAAAUGAUGACAAGACGGGACACUCCUGAUGUCAGCAACCUUCAAAAAUGUGCCGACUUUGUUCACGCGUUUGUGCUCGGUUUUGACGUGAUUGAUGCCAUUGCGUUGUUGAGAAUGGAUGAACUCUAUGUCGAUUCGUUUGAGAUUAAGGAUGUUAAAACGCUAAAAGGGGAACAUCUGUCUCGUGCGAUCGGAAGGCUUUCUGGUAAAGGGGGUAAAACGAAGUUUGCGAUCGAGAACUCGACAAAAACACGGAUUGUGAUCGCGGAUACGAAGAUUCAUAUUCUGGGUUCGUUUUCGAAUAUUAAGGUUGCAAGAGAUUCUUUGUGCAGUCUUAUUAUGGGAUCACCUGCGGGGAAGGUGUAUUCGAAACUAAGAGCGGUUACCGCAAGAUUAGCUGAGAGGUUUUGAGUUGAUGUUUUGUUAUUAUUUUGUCUUGUGUUUUUUGGAUAUUUGAAGCUGGUAAACAUGAUAAGGUUUAAAGAUUAUGCAUCCUUUUGAGUUUUGGGUUUGUAAGGAAGUUUGACUUUCAUUGAUAUACUGAAUAUGUACCAGUUUUGUGGUUUGUUGGCUU